AUGGGAAAUGGAGGACCCUUCUUAAUAUGUUGUGUGCUUCUUCUUGCUUUAAUGGCCGGAGGUCAAACUGUCACGCCAAGAAACAAGGAAAACUGCACCUACGCAGUUACAAUUGAAACAACAUGCACAAAAGGUGCCGAGACCUCAAACCACAUCAGCCUAAGAUUUGGUGACACAAAUUCAAAUGACAUUGUGGUGAGGCACCUAAAUUCCAAGCACAUAAGAAGGGUGGAUCCAUUGGAGCCUGAGGUCCUCGACGAUGUGCCGAGAAAACCAUUUCAAGCUUGUGUUGUGGAUGAGUUCCAAGUGAAGGGUGCAUGCGUGGAGUCGCCCAUCUGCUACCUCUAUCUCAAACUGAGUGGAGCUGAUGACUGGAGACCUGGUUUUGCACAAGUCCAUGUUUUGGAGGGCUCUCGCUCUCAUCUCAGCUCUGAGUACUUCUACUUUCGAAGGUACCUGCCACGCCAUGUUUGGCAUGGCUUGGAUGUGUGCGAUGAUAAAGAAGUUACUCCUUUUGGGAUCAAGCACAAGAGGAAAGUGUUUUGGAAAAAACAAGUGAAAAAAUUGCCAGUUCCAUGA